GCUGUCUGUAAUAUUCUAGUCAUUAUGAUGCCCGACGGCCCUGCCAUUAUACUAUUUUCACUGCAUAUGAUGAACUGCAACUCGGGCAAUAUUGUGUACCCAAGGCUACUCGAAAGCAGGGAUGAAAACGGAGACAUUGUGUUAAACAUCCGGAAGGGUUUUACGCUUUACCUUGAGAAAAGCACACUACUGUCAGACACAUUUUACUUGGAUUCGUCAACUGCAGCUGGUACACACCGAACUAUCCUUAAAGGAAAAGAAAUCGAAGCAAAUUUGUAUCAUGAUAAAAAACAUCAGUCAUCUCUUGUGGUCACAAGAACCGUCGAUGGUAUUGAGGUGCGUGGAAUUCUAAAUGCCGAAUUCACGAUAGCUCCAGCGUAUGUCUCCGAGCGCUCUAGCAGUGGUGCCAUUGCACACAACAUCUCUCAGAACAAAGAAAUGUCUCAUCUAGGUAUUCCUGAAGAUGACGGCGUUACGAAAAGCGGAAGCCUCGAAUGCCACACUGCAAGAGCGAAACGGGAGCAUUUCCCACGGAAGUUCAUAGUGGAACUUUGGAUUUUGACGUCAAGUGAAUACAGGGCAGCUUUCAACACGAUUGACGAUUUUCUCCUCUACAUCGCUACUGCCUUUAAUGCGGUUGCCCUCAGGUUCAUAACCAUGACGAAUCCGAAAAUACGCUUCCAGCUUAACGGCAUUACAGUUGAUAAUGAUGACGUCCUUACCAAGGAUGAAGUUUGCUCCGUGCACAACGAAGGAAUACGGCGAAUUGUAAGAGGUGCCACUUGCGGCGUUGACGUUCAAGACACACUGAACAGGACUACGUAUUUCAUAAAUGAGGAUAUAGAAGCCGACAUUGUCUUCCUCCUUACAAGAUCGAUGAUCGACUGA